AUGCAGAACAAAAUCCCGCCAACGUGUUUCUAUUCAUGUUGGAGUACGGACCAGAAGCUUAGUGAUGCGGAUUCCUUCACAAAGUGCAUCCAGGAUGCUGCAGGGGAAACGCUCCCGAUUCUAUUGCCGCGGAAGAAGUUUGCUUUUGCAUCUGCGGAAACAAAAUCCACACACAAUUCUGCAUGUGUCGCGCGCAGCGCUGGUGACUUCAACCAGGAAAAGCGUCUCAGAAGGAAGCUGCGUCGUCAACUGCAACAAGACCACGAUAACGAGUGGACGUCAAGAGCGAUGGAGUUUGAGAAGGCGUGGGAGGACAGGAACCCGCGGAAAGCCUAUGCUCUACUAAAACAGUAUAGCGGCAAAAUGAAAAGAUGUUCCCCUGUCCUCAACACUGCCAAUGGGGUAGCUGUCGGUGAAGCAACCCUUCAAAUUUGGAACGAACACUUCAAGACCUUGUUGAACCAGCUAGCACCGUCAGCUCCUGAACUCGAACACGUUUAUAGACCGACAUAUGCGGUUAACGAGGAGCCACCGACUGCGUCGGAGGUCCUGGUCUGUAUUCAAAAAAUGAAGAAUGGAAAAUCUGGUGGAGAAGACGGGAUUAGCGCAGAAAUGCUAAAAUAUCUUCCUCCGUCUGGGAUUCGUGAGAUGACAAGGAUCAUCCGUUCAAUAUGGAUAGACGAAAGGAUACCUGAUUCAUGGAGACACGCUAUCAUAAUUCCCCUCCACAAGAAGUUAUCCGUCACGGACCCCAGGAGUUAUCGAGGAAUCUCUUUGCUGCGUGUUAUGUACAAGGUACUGGAGCGCAUUAUCCUGGACUGA